AGCCCAGUUGGGUUUUUAAAAGACAGUCAAACAACUUCAUAGUCAUUUUCACCGAUCCCAUUUUUUGAUUUCCAUAUCUUUGAAAAGUAUUAAAUAUUCAAACUGUCUUGGUGGGAUAUAAACUCACAUCCACUGGAUUAUUAGUUUAAGCCACAGGGUUACUGGUCCGGUAACAUGACUACAAGAUUGCCGUAUCAUAUUUGCCCUGCGUAUUUUUUUCCGCUGUUGUGGUGUUGCUUUACUCUAGAUAACAGUGUUUUCAUCUUGAGAGAGGCUUUGCUGGACUUGAAUUCAGUAGAUCAGAUAGUCUGCACUAUUCAGGCACCCUUCCACCUGUCACUUCAAUAAAGAAUGUAAGACGGUAGCUUGACAUAUUUUUGCAUACUCUGGAGCACAGCCAAGCACUAAAAGUGAAAGCUCAUCUGUGACGGGUACAUUUCCAUCUGUGGGAGUCAGAUGGGACCAGGGGCUUGUCCUGAAAUUGAAAUACCUCUCGUACUUUAGAAAUACCUUCCAGUCAACGUUCUAUAUAAAGCAGCUGAAAUCACUCUCAUUCAGCACUGGGUUAAAUCUCGACAAGGCUGAACUUCCAGUGCCUCACUCUCCGUGCUCCCCACACAACAAUGAACACUGAGCUCAGGUCCUCAAGACCAGUCAGCAAAGCCAUCAAGAAAUUCAGGUGCGUCUCAUUGGUGAGCAAUUUGACCAGGAACUGGCAGAAAUGGGCAAAUGACCAUUCGCACAAACAGAAAGCAGAGCCUCAAGGCUGGCUACCUGAGGGUUUUAAAGAUGAGGAUUCUGUCGAGCAUAAUAAGCAGCAAAGAUCAGUAAAGGUGCCCCAAGAUAAAUCCCAAAGCACCUUCAACAGUGGAAACGUGGAUUCCAGCAAGGAGCUAAAUGGAUCUCAAGGAACUGAAUCGACCAUCAGGACCAUUCAAGUCACUAAAACAGUUGGCAUCAGAUCCACUUCAGGAAGCAAUGAACUGGUGAGUUUCAUGGCCGAUCGGUUCAAUCAGGCGGUGCCAGAUGUGGCACCGAAACCAUUUUUGGGCAACAGGUCACCAACCAGAAGGCGGUUAUGUCAGAACAAGGCAUCAGACAUCUCAGAAUCAUGGGAGAAGGAAGGGAAAGAUCUAUUCAACUCCAACAGCAGUGUGGACAGCAAAGGCAGAAGCAAUGGGGGAGAGAAAAGGAAAGAGGGAAGUGAGGAAGAGUCCAAGGAGAAUGAUGGGGUAGCUGACCGAGGGAAGAGGAUGAGGUCAAUCCCACGUGCCCAGGUGCGCGCAAUGGAAGACCUGAAGAAGGUCUGGCUGAGGUGGGCUGAGGAUCACAUCGAGAGGCAAAAGACCAACCCUUUCAGUGAUGACUUUGACUACGAUUACGCCAAAGGCCUCCGAUUGAAGAAGGGAGAUCAAGGCUACGGGCAGCCGAAGGAGGGUUCCAAGACAGCGGAGAGAGGCCAGCGAGCUCAGCAACAUGUCCAGAAAGAAAUGAAGGAGAUGUGCUUCAUUAUCAGGAACAUGGGGAUCGAGGGGAGGGAUGGGAAGACCAGGGUUACCUUUGGUGAACUGUUUGACAGAUAUGUCACCGUCUCAGAUAAAGUCGUUGGGAUUUUGAUGAGGGCUAGGAAACAUGGACUGCUGGAUUUUGAGGGUGAAAUGUUAUGGAAGGGAGAGCACGAUGAUAUCGUUAUUACUCUUAAUGAUUAACGAUGGGCCAGAGGUUUAGAAUCAAAUGCAUUGCACUUGCACUGUUUGGUUCUUAAAGAUUUCUUUCAAAAUGAAAGCACGUUAUCUCCUUGAUUUAGAUUGGUUGGGUUUGAAACUCCAAACAUGUAGACUGUUUUGUAUUUUCUUUCAAUGGUUGCAUUUCUGAUUUAUUAUGUCAGCUGUUUUAAUCAAAAUAAAGAAGAGUUGUGCUGAA